CCUGAGCCCUUGUCCUAAAAAAACAAUUCUAUUUUUAUGUGGCUUUUGGCCUGAUAUCAAUUAGUCCCCAUGUAGUAUUUGAUAGGAAAAUGGUCAAAAUGGUUGCAUCAAAUACUGGGCCACACCCACACAUACAUACUAAAUCUAAUACCGGUAAAUGACUUCAUUGUAAUAACUUCAGAUAUGUGCACGCAGAAAGUUUCGGUUCAUGAAGCAACGAUGUAGCUUUUUUGUGUUUGCUUCCAUAUAUGGUUUGUUUCUAACUUCCAGAUUGACCACCCACUUUGUUUCAUUGACAGCAUAUUUAUAAACCAUCAAUUGCUGAGAGCACAGCUUACCAGCAAGAGACACCAUGGAGCAACUCAAUGCCACUGUGGUCAGCACUAACUUUUCUUCUACAGAACAUCCAACAUUACCCUCCUGGAAAGCAGGUGGUCUGGUUUCUGUGGUCAUAUGCAUCUUCUGCUUUCUACUGGGAGUUCCUGGAAACAUUGCAGUGAUUCUUCUCAAGCCUAACUGGCAGAAUCUGUCCAGUCUGAGCCGGACUUUGAUGCUAAAUCUUUCUGUGUCUGACCUGUUGUGUUUGGUGACUCUUCCGAUUUGGGCAUACAGUAUUCUCUAUGGAUGGAUAUUCCAGCUAGCAGCCUGUAAGCUUCUAGCUUAUCUUGUGUACUGCAGCAUUCAUGGCAGCCUGCUGACUAUAACUACGUUAAGCGUCCACCGAUACCUGACUGUGGUGCGUCGGCAGAGGUGCAAUCAGGUGCAGAAAAGAGUGCUGCUGGUUCUUCUCUGGCUGGUUGCUCUCAUCCUUUCCAUUCCUGUUUUGGUGGUCCGACAGCUGAAAACAUAUCAGCAGUCAGCACACUGUCGAUCUCAGUUCACCUCUGAGACACAGUGGGUGGUUCUGUUGCUACUGGAGAGCUGGUUUGGAUUUGUUUGUUUUUCUUUAGUGUGUUGUACAUAUAUUCGCUUGCACAGGAAGGUUAAGCAGACAGCUCUUUUCAACCACCCACAGACAACCCGACUGGUGAUCAGCAUCAUCGUGAGCUUCUUUGUCCUGUGGAUUCCCUAUCAUACGAUAAACCUGCUGGCUGUGGCAGCUUUAAGUCUACAACAUGUGGACUUGUUAAACUUUUGCACGGACCAACAGGAACUUGCUGUUUCACUUACAUUUCUGCACAGUUGUCUGAAUCCACUCCUGUAUGCCUUUUCUUCUCCUAAAAUGUGCACCGUCUGCAAGCAAACUGCACCAAACUAAGGAAUUUGUCAAGACACGGCAACAACAGCCGAACCUCGAUGAUGACAGCUAAAGAUGUCCUAGUUUUGCACAGAACAGAUGGGGGUGGUUCUUUAAUUGAUUUCAUAUUUUGAUUGCAAAUCUGCUUCUAAUACAAUUUGUCUUACAAGUGACAACAAUUAUUUGCCUUAUGGUAUUUUUGAUUUCUUCCUCAUUAACCACAAAUUCCCACUGUAUUUGUUUCGAUUUUUUUCGUAACUGAAACUGAUCUUUAAUCUAUGGUCAAAUUCAAUAAAAUUAAGGAG